UUUCUCUCACGAUUUUUUCUUUAAUCUCUCAUAUGAGCUAACUCUUCUCACGCGCCUCGUUUGAAUCGCCGCACGAACGCGCAGCGUGUAUUAAUUAACAUAUCGAUUAGCAGUUUUCAUUCACACGGUUUUAGGAAUCCCGUAAAACACAAUUGAAUCUCUUUCUUAUAUUUCGGUUACGUAAAACGCGAUUCGAAUUUCGCGACACGGGGACACAGGAUCCCCGUACGUUCGCCGUAGGGUUUAUUUUUAAGCGCUGCUAUAUUUGUGUGUAGUUCCUCUUAUAAUAUUGUGUAAUACGCCACCUCUAUCAUCACGUAAUAUCCCGGGAAACGACUUGAUCGCGCUCCGGGAUAUUGCUCUUCAGUCGUUCCCGCGCUCCCGCAUCACGCUCGUACGUUUCCGCAUCGAGCCCUACAUCCCCGACGAUCGAUACGCGGACGGGUUUAUCGAGGGACACGAGGGGAUCAAGUCGCCAACUUUUCACCCUUAACUUUUCUCCCUCUCUCUUGCCGGAAUCAAACGAAAGAACGAGCGAAAACUCGCGCACGAGGUCAGUCGACGCUGCCUAGUGUACGUCAUCAAGAAAGAAAAGUUACGUGGAGAAUAUGAAAACGAUCUGGGUAAUCGGCGGUCCGGGAUGCGGUAAGGGAACGCAGUGCGAUCGCAUGAUUGAAAAGUAUGGAUUUCUUCAUUUGAGCAGCGGUGACUUGCUAAGAGCGGAAGUCGCCAGUGGCAGCGAGAGAGGCGCAUCGCUUCAGGAGCUGAUGUCCAAGGGACUGUUUGUACCAACAAACAUUGUGCUGGCGCUCAUAAAGGAACAGAUGGACAAAGCUCGCGAGGAAGAAACUACGAAGACCGGCUUUCUCAUCGAUGGCUAUCCUCGUGAGAAGGAUCAGGGAAUUCUCUUCGAAGAGAACGUUUGCCCCGUCGAUUUAAUUCUCUUCUUCGACGUAGCGAAUGACACCCUGAAGAAGAGACUCCUUGGACGCGCCGCUGUGUCCCAAAGGGCAGAUGAUAAUGAGGAGACGAUCAAUAAGAGAAUCGAGAUAUUCAACGAGAAAAACAACGAGAUCGUUGAGCAUUACAAAGACAAAGUUGUCAGAAUCAAUGCAGAAGGAACGGUGGAGGAAAUAUUUUCAGAGGUAACAAAAGCGCUUGACGCUUUAUUAGCUUAGAUAAAUUGCGCCAUAAAUUUUUAAAGAAUCGCGAGAUUUCUUACUCUUUAAAAACAAAUCGUUACCAAAGUUUAUUGUACAUAAGUACAUUCUAUAUGGUGUUGGACGCUUACUCAAAUGAAGUAUACACGUACAAAUUAGGUACUUUUAAGUGUUCAUUGUUGAAUAAAAUUGACGUAGAAGAGACACUUUAAGACUUUGAUUUGCAAGAACUUUUGUUUAUUUAUUUCAACAAAGUAUUUCUUUAAAUAAAAUUAUUGAUUCAAUAGUUUGCGAUAAAAAAUAAAUAAUCGAAAUAAAGAUUAAAUUAUAUAUAAAAGCAGGAAUAGUCUGCUUCAACUUUUAGCGCCUUUGGCAAAUUGCACAACUAUAGGUUUGUCUUUUAAAAUAUACCCGUUAGUUUCCUCGAGAGCCAUUUUUGCCUGUACGACAUUUUGCAAAGUGACAAAGGCUUGUCCUUUCAUUCUGCCCUCUUGCAUAAGACGCACAUCGUAUCUGAAAUGUAGAUAUUAAUAAAAACAAAGUAUAUAUAAAUAGUAC